UGCUUCCGCGAGCCUUCGCCGAGAGGAGCGCGGACUGUGCGAAAGAGACAGACAGAGCAGAAGAGAGAGAGAGAUAGAAGGAGAACACACCGACGGUUCUCUCCAAGGUGGUGUUCUCUCUCUCUCUCUCACAAUAAACACCGCGGCGGUCUCGGGGGAGCCUCCUCGUGCAACAUCUGCACGGAGCCCGAAUUCCGGCAGGCGGACGCGAAGGCGUACGGACAACAGCGGCGCCGUGGACGAGUGUCUGGUGCGCGCGGACGACGGUUUUGUGUCCAAUGUCUCGCCGCUGAGCUGACCUGUUCUCUCUCUCUCUCUCUCGAUCAGCUUUCUCUCGCGGCUCUCUGCGUGGCACGAUGAAUUAUUGAUUCGGCCGAAGAACUGCCCCUCCGAGUGCUACAGGAGGAUCAUCUCCUCGGACGAAGUCAACUUUAGGUGCUUUCUCCGGUCGGCUCCCAUCAGUGUACAUCGUCGAGUUCAGUGCGUGUGUCUGCUCGCAGCAGCAGCGUUGCUCUCGGCCGCAACAUGGCAUCUCGCAGAUGGUUUCACCCAAACAUCACGGGCUUGGAAGCGGAGCGUCUUUUGUUGGAACGAGGAUACGACAGCUCGUUCCUCGCACGGCCUAGUUCUUCUAAUCCCGGCGACUUUACCCUGUCCGUCAGACGCAAUGGUGAAGUGACGCACAUAAAGAUUCAAAACACAGGAGACUUCUACGACCUUUAUGGGGGCGAGAAGUUCGCGACGCUCUCGGAACUGGUGCAAUUUUAUAUGGAAAACGGCGGACAACUGCGCGAAAAGAACGGCGAAGUCAUCGAGUUGAAGUACCCCCUGAACUGCGCCGACCCGACGACAGAGAGAUGGUUUCAUGGCCACUUAUCGGCUAAAGAUGCAGAAAGACUGAUGCUGGAGCGUGGCAAGAACGGCUCGUUUCUCGUUCGUGAAUCCCAAAGCAAACCUGGAGACUUUGUUCUGUCGGUGCGCACUGAAGAUCGCGUCACGCAUGUGAUAAUUAGAUUUCAGGACAGUAAGUACGACGUCGGCGGAGGAGAUAAAUUCGACAGCUUAAGUGACCUGAUUGAGUAUUACAAAAGAAAUCCAAUGGUUGAGACAAGCGGAAGCGUGGUGCACUUGAGGCAACCAUUCAAUGCCACCAGAAUAAACGCGAGCGGCAUAGAAAGUAGAGUUAGGCAAUUGCACAAGGAAAACGGCUGUUCGAAUGGAUGGCUCUGCUGGAACGGGGUGAAUGGUGUGGAUGACGAAGAAGCCGGUCGAGGAAAGGGAAAAGCUGGAUUUUGGGAGGAAUUCGAAUCGCUUCAGCAGUUGGAGUGCCGGCAUUUGUUCUCGAGGAAAGAGGGUCUUCGGCCCGAAAACCGAGCCAAGAAUCGAUAUAAGAAUAUUUUACCUUUCGACCACACGAGGGUAAAAUUGAAAGACGUCAAUCCCAGCAUUCCGGGAUCUGAUUACAUAAAUGCCAAUUAUAUCAAGAAUGAAGAGGAGACGAACUCAGUAGGCAGCACAGACAAUGGUCUGUUUAACAAAUGCUAUAUCGCUACACAAGGAUGUUUACAAAAUACCAUAGCUGACUUCUGGCACAUGGUUUAUCAAGAAAAUACUCGAGUAAUUGUCAUGACCACAAAAGAAAUGGAGAGGGGAAAAAACAAAUGUGCACGGUAUUGGCCUGAAGAGGGAGAAGUUAGCGAAUACGGAGGUGAAUGGAAGGUACGCGCACUGGGACGCACAUCAACAGCCGAUUACACUUUGAGAGAAUUCUUAUUGCAAGGAACUAAACCCAGUGUUAUGGAGCCUAGGCGGAUAUACCAUUAUCAUUUUCAAGCGUGGCCCGACCACGGAGUACCUGCUGAUCCCGGUUGUGUUUUGAAUUUCCUGCACGACGUUAAUGCAAGGCAAGAAUCCAUCUCGGGAGCUACCUCACCUGGUGGUCAAAAUUCAUCUAGUGUCGGUCCCAUACUUGUUCACUGCAGUGCUGGCAUUGGUAGAACUGGUACAUUUAUAGUUAUAGACAUGAUCCUCGAUCAGAUCAAGAGACACGGGCUAGAUUGUGAAAUUGAUAUUCAAAGAACAAUCCAAAGGGUACGAUCCCAGAGAUCAGGAAUGGUACAGACUGAAGCACAGUAUAAAUUUGUCUAUUUAGCUGUUUUGCACUACAUAGAAACUGUCUCACAGCGGAUGCAAGCUGAACAGAAAUCUCUUCAAAUGGGACGAGAGUACACCAACAUUCGGUACAAGAGUGAAGCUAUCAACUCAAGUGAGACUCCACUCUCAACGCCGAAUCCAGCUGCAAUUUCAACAAGCUUCACUCUCCCCGCACCGGUUAGCGGCAUGAGGCCGAAGUAAUUGAACUGUCAACUGUGUAUGUUUGUGUGCGCGUGCGUCGUUCCAAAAGUGAGAAUCCUCUACGACUAUUCUUAGCUAUGCGCUUUUCUUAGGCCUAAACCUAACCCGUAGAGGCACAAUAACUGCGUAUCGAAAAAUGUCUGCCAGUCCUAAAACUCUGGUUUCAAGGGAACACAGGCCUAAGUUGUCUUCAAGUGAUAAGUUAUUUCCUUUUGAUACUCAAAGAUAUUAGCUAAUUUAAUGAGCUUUUACGUACGUUUCUUCUAUUUAAGGAAAGCGUGUAAGACAAAAAUCUUGUGAAAAACUUACGUACGAAAUGCCUUUUUUUAAAUAAUGAAAAACAAGAAAUUCGAAUGUUAUAUGAAGAGGAUGGAAAAAGAUUUUAUUCCUUUUUAUAAACUCUGUGUCACCCGAAAUUUAUUAUAAUGACGAUAAUGGUCUUCCCUAGUUAGAAAAUUCUAUUGAGAACAGUCAAGAAAUUUGUAUAAUUAAUUUUUUUAGCUUUUUUGAUUGUUUUCUGGUAAAGUUAAAUUAUACCUAUUAUAUAAAUGAGAAAUUUAAAAAUUAAUCAAUUGUUAAGAGAAUGUUAACUUACAUUUUUUUAGACCAUCCAUUACGCAUGGUUGAAUUGAACAGUAUCUAACAUAGGCAGUUUUAAAUUUGAUUGAAAUAGAUUUUACAUUAAAACAGCAGACUAUAAUCUAAAUGCUAUCUCAAAGCAAAAUUUUUUUAUUUUUAUUAUUAACAAUAUAGCUACCAUGGUGUGUAACAAUACCUGUUAGCACUAACCAAAAACUUCUAUUAAGUAAUUAAUCUUUGAUUGGAUAAUAAAUGGUUUUCAGUCAAAUAUUCUAUCCAGGGUUGAUCCUGCAUGUGGUCGCAUAAUAUAUUAAAAUAUCGUAUAAAUAUAAAAAUAUAUAUAUAUAUAUCAUUUAUAUGAGGAAGUGAUCGCACUGAGCUAAAGUUCAGAACAUUGCACUUCUUGAUAACGUCACAAUCGGUGCAAUGAGCCUUUCGGAAGCUGUGAAGAUAUAGCACGUCGCUGGCGGACUGUCACUGGUGUCGUGAGAAUCAAAAAAAAAAUAAUAAUAAUAAAAAGGAUAUUAGUUUUAGAACGGAGAGUGGACGAUUGCUCUUUCGAAAAUAGCACGUCGAUAUGAUGGGAAUCGUUGAAAAAUAAUAAUGAAGCCAAAAAUGUACAAUUAAUAUUUGCAAAGUAUCUUAAGAAAUUAAAUAUAAAACAAAUACUUUUAAAAUCUUGAAAAAUUGAAUGAGUUUCUAAAUUUUCAAAUUCCACAUAAAAAAUAUCACGUGCAGUAAUUGCAUUUAUACUUAAAUAGUGUAAUAAUUUUAAUGAUACAGAAUAAUUCCAGUACUUUUGAAAAGUUUGGUGUUUGAGUCUAUCGGGAUAUUUUUCAAGAUCUUAAAAACUGUUUUGCACACAAAAUUUGCGUAUAAAAAUUGAAUAAAGCGUUAGGUCGUUGAUAGUUUUACAAGUAUGCAUAACAAUUUUUAUUUGUUUAGGAACUCGGAAAUAUUCUGUUCAUUCUAAUUGUAGUUCGAGAAAAACGAUCGCGUUGUUAUAUUUUAUUAUUUAGAAAUCGUGAUGUUUAUGAUCUAAUUUAUUAUUUUUUUAGUUCGUACACUCUUCAGCUUUUGCGUCUUUUGAUAAAACAAAAUAUUGCGAUGAAUUAAUUUAUGUAUUUUAAAUGCCGACAAACAAGAAUUAUUUGAUGAUGAAAUAAAAGUCUUAUGAUUUUUUAAAUGAAA